AAAUGUCUGAACCAAGACAGCGUUCACUGUCCACAUCUGGAGAAGCACUUUACCAAAUUCUAGGCCUGGAGAAAGGAGCUUCACCCGACCAAAUAAAAAAAUCCUAUAGGAAACUUGCCUUGAAACAUCACCCAGACAAAAACCUGGACAACCCAGAUGCCUCGGAAAAAUUCAAAGAGAUCAACAAUGCUCAUUCGAUUCUUUCAGAUAUAACAAAGCGGAACAUUUAUGACAAAUACGGAUCACUGGGGCUCUAUGUGGCCGAGCACUUUGGUGAAGAGAAUGUGAACACAUACUUUAUGCUCUCUAGCUGGUGGGCAAUGAGCCUCUUUUUAUUCUGUGGGCUGAUCACUGGCUGUUACCUUUGUUGCUGUAUGUGCUGUUGCUGUAACUGCUGCUUUGGUAAGUGCAAACCCAAGCCACGGGGAGAGGCUUAUGAGUACUACGUCUCCCCAGAGGACCUGGAGGAACAAAUCCGCACAGACAUGGAAACCGAAUGUGAAACCCCAAUCAUGCUUCAGCCUACAAACUCAAGUGAAAAGACUCAGCUUAUUGGUGACAGCCAUCGUAGCUACAAAACAGAUGGGUAG